ACAUCACAUAAUAACAAACAAUGGAGUUAUCGUCAAAGCUUCCAUUUCCUUUCUUCUUCUUUGUUCUCUUUGCCAUCAUGGCCUGUGCUCAGGACUCACCACGGGACUAUGUGAAUGCCCACAACGCAGCAAGAUCACAAGUGGGAGUCCCAAACAUAGUUUGGGAUGAUACCGUGGCUGCUUAUGCCCGAAACUAUGCUAACCAGCGCAAGGCUAACUGCCAGCUGGUCCACUCCCGUGGCCGGUACGGUGAGAACCUCGCAGGGAGCAUGACGGGCACAGACGCCGUGAAGUUGUGGGUGGAUGAGAAGGCGAAGUAUGACCACAAUAGCAACUCGUGCGUUGGUGGGGAGUGCCGGCACUAUACUCAGGUGGUAUGGAAGAAUUCGAUUCGUGUUGGUUGUGCUAAAGUGAGGUGUAACAAUGGAGGCACUUUCAUUGGCUGCAACUAUGAUCCUCCUGGCAACUACGAGGGACAAAGACCUUAUUGAUCGAUCCAUGAAAGGAAAUAAUUUGCAUUGAAAAUAAAUAAAUGAAACAACAGAAAACCUUACUAGCUAUGAGCUACGUUAUGAAGUAUUGUAUCUGUGGUUUGAAUAUGCAUUUGAGCUUAUUAUCUAUCAGCUAAUUAAUGGCCUAAGGAUGCCUUUGUGUAAUGAAUAAUGCGAACGAUGUAAUAUGUUUGAUUGUAAUGGGAUUUACAAGUCUAUGAUUUUAAUAAACAUACAAUCUAUA